AUGGCAUGGGACCACCUUGAUUUCGAUCGGCCGCAUCUGGCUUACAUGAUUCUCGGUGGCUUUACGGGCCUGUUCAUGCUGUGCUCGCUUUUCGUGAAAGAGAAGCUCUACAUUGGCGAAGCUACCGUCGCUACACUCUGCGGUAUCAUCUUCGGACCACAUGCAGCCAAUUUAUUUAACCCCCACGACUGGGGUAACGUCGACAAAAUUACCUUGGAAUGCUCGCGCAUUGUUCUGGUUGUACAAUGUUUCGCCGUCGGCGUCGAGUUGCCCAAGGCGUAUAUGGAGCGCCACUGGAAGUCGGUCAGCUUGCUGUUGGUUCCUGUCAUGACUUGGGGCUGGUUGAUUACCAGUCUGUUUAUCUGGUGGAUGGUACCCACGCUCAACUGGCUGGAGAGUCUAGUAUGUGCGGCUUGCGUCACGGCCACCGAUCCUGUCUUGGCAUCGUCCGUCGUUGGUAAGGGUAAGUUCGCCAAGCGUGUGCCCAAGCAUUUGCGUGACCUCUUGUCGGCUGAAUCCGGUUGUAACGAUGGAAUGGCGUUCCCAUUCAUCUACCUGGGAUUUUAUAUCCUGCGUUUCAGACCCGACGCUAGCAAGGUCUCGCUGAACUGGUUCGUUGUGACCAUCCUCUACGAGUGUAUCUUCGGCGCUAUCUUUGGCUUCCUCAUUGGAUACGCUGCUCGUCACGCUAUCAAAUGGGCCGAGCGCAAGAGUUUGAUUGAUCGAGAGAGUUUCCUCGUGUUCUACUUCGUGCUGGCCGUCUUCUGCGCCGGCGCAGGUAGUUCACUGGGCAUGGACGAUCUGCUCAUCGGAUUCUCUUGUGGAGUCGGCUUCAGUAAUGACGGUUGGUUUACGGAGAAAACCGAAGAGUCGCACGUUUCCAACGUUAUUGACUUGUUGCUCAAUUUGGCAUACUUUGUCUAUUUCGGAUCUAUCAUCCCCUGGGAACUCUAUAAUGCCCCUGAUCUCGGCCUGACUCCCUGGAGACUGGUCGUUAUUGCCAUCUUGGUCAUCUUCUUCCGUCGCAUUCCCAUUAUGCUUUUACUCAAACCGAUUAUACCGGAUAUCAAAACUUGGCGUGAAGCGCUCUUCGCUGGUCACUUUGGUCCUAUUGGUGUCGGUGCCAUCUUUGCUGCCAUUCUUGCGAGAGCGGAACUGGAACAUGAUAGUACACAGCCGCUUCCUGAAAGUGAUCUCAACGCGUCUUCAUUGGAAUACCCGGCGGAUUAUGCUGUCGUUCAGCUCAUCUGGCCUAUUACGACGUUCAUGGUUAUCUCGUCUAUUUUAGUCCACGGCUCAUCUAUCGCCGUGUUCACUCUGGGCAAGCGCAUUAACACCCUGACAAUCACCCUGUCCUACACCCAAGCCAACGAGGAAGGCCCAUCAUGGAUGAACCGUCUUCCACGUGUUCAGUCCUUGGCCAAGGGAUCCAUGUCCUUCCGCAAGGCUGAUGAGCUUGAUGAGGGCUCUUCCGAUGAGAGACUGCCUGAGUACCCCCCAGGUACGUUACCACCCAUCGGCAUGCCUGGAAACUUCUUGCGCCGUGUCCGUGAGGAAGAUAGCGAAACCCAGAGUACCCAUUCAGCAAAUCUGAGGUCUCUUCGUCGGAAGGGCCGCAAGCACACUGAUGCUGGCGGUCCCAUCAGCCAGUCUGCCAUCAUGCCCCAGCGCCGGACAGAGAGCGAACUUGAGGCCGAAUCGAAGGAGGAACUCGAAGAACGGGAUCGUGUGGAUCGUGGAUCUUCACCUCCUACUGCUGAACGGGAUCGCUUUGGACGCGAGCCCCAGCUGGAGGUCUUCCAAGAGGGUCAUCACAUGAUCAUCGAGGACGAGGAGGGCAAUGUGCUCAAGACCGAAGAUACUAGCAACCUGACUCCUGAAGAACUGGCCCGUCACAUCGAGGAACAGCGCAAGCGACUCGAGGAGGACCGGUCUGGAGAGCUUGCUCCAUCUCGAAACCAGCCUCACGAGAAGACAGAGGGCGAAGAGAUUCAACAGGCCAUUGGCGAACAAACUGGUCAUCCCGUCGAAAAGGCACGGUCCCGUUGGACCAACUGGACCGGCUUUGGAAAGGAGAAGGCAGAGGAAGCAAAACCAAAAGCCAAGCCCAAGCUUUCCGAAGGCGAGAAGCAGAAGGCGCGCUCCGCUCAUGCCUACCAGUUCGGCAACACUAUUAUUGUUGAGGAUGAGGACGGCGAGGUGAUCAAGAAAUACACCAUCCCAUCGGGCGAGAAGCCCGCCAAGCCCAAGCCCAAGCCUGAAGAGCAGCAGCCUGUAAAGGACCAAGCACCUCUCCGAACAGGUCUGAAGCGUAUGGGAACCUGGUUCGGCAAGGAAGAAGAGGGCGAGUCCUCGCAAGCCGGCCAGAAGAAGAAGCCUGCACCUCGCACGGAGACCGACGACUGGGCUACAGAUGACGGUCUGCGUUUCACUCUUGCCCAGAACUCAGAGGUCGACUCCCAAGGCAUCGGCCACAAGGGUCGCCGUAUGAACAAGCACGAGUUCUUCCAGCAGAUCAAGGGCCUGGACGCCAAGGCCCGCCGUGAUGUGGUCCAGCAAACCGACGCCCCUGCGUCCGUCAAAGAAGCCGCCCACGAAGACGUCAAACAGACCGCAAAGCAAGAACGCCGUCUCUCUGUCGCCGCCGCAAGCGCCGCCACGGGCGCAAUCCCCGAGGAAGAAGACGAGGCGCUCGUAUCUGAAUCCGUCACAGACAGCGACAUCAGUGACGAGGACGAAUCUGCCGGUGAACACCAAGGCCCCAACGUUGCCACGUCCCUGGCCAAAUUCACCCGCGGCAGUUCCGCGCAAGAACGCCGCAGCAACCUCAGCCCGGCACCACGCACUCGCGACCGUCGUCGCCGUGACUCGGACGACGAUGGCACGGAGCGCAUCCCACCUUCACGUCUGCGUCAAGAAGCCGGUCUAGCCGCACCACCACGACAAGCCGACGAUGACACCGGGGAGACCCCUGCCGAACGACGUCGUCGUCUCGCCGCACUGGGCGAGAUCCACAACGACGAUUCCUCUGACUCAGAAGCCGAGGCGGGAGCUGCCAUUGCCGAGUCCGAUAGCGAGGAUAACGGUGAGCCCCGCCAGCCGCAAGGUAAAGUGCAAUUCGCCGAAGCUGCCAGACCCGCUGCGCAGUCUAGUCCCGGCGAACAGCAGUCUUCCUCGUCUGGUUCCGGCUCUGGGUCUGGAAAAUUCACACCCGGCCAUCGACCACGCAUCUCAUGGGGCGGCGAGAAAGGACGUGAUCAUUAA